CAGCUGAUAGUAAUGGCUGGAAUGGUGCAAAUGGAAUGGCAUCAAACACCUGGAAACCAUGUAUUUUAUGUAUAUGAUACCAUUCCACUGACUCCAGUCAUUACAACGAGCCUGUCCUCCCCAAUUAGGGUGCCACCAACCUCCUGUGGUGUGUGUUUCCCCAAAAGUUUUUGUACGUUCUUGAAGAGACUUUGAGGUACAGUUUUCUCCGUUUUGUGGGUGUGCCAGGGUGUGGCUUGACGCAAUGGCUGACGUAUUUAAAAGCUAGAGGUGCAUUUUGAAGCCACAACCCCGUUUUUCUACUGGUCGUACACCAGGCUACAGCACCGUUUCCGUUCAAUUGAACGUUCUAUUACGUUUUUAUGUACUGAACGCUGCCCUACAUAUCCUGCUGGCGGACCUUCACCUUCUUCUCCACUUGAUACUUCCACUAUUUUGCAUGAGAUAAGCCUACAGAUCGUCCUCCUGGCCGUGAAUGCGCGUCAGUGUUUCAGUGUGACCGUUUAUGCGGGUAAGUUUCUAGUGCAAUUGGCUAAGUGAAGAAAUCUUCGAGGCUGGAUUGUGGAAAACGUCUGCAUCACUAUGCGAGCGAUUAACCUCGAUACCUACAGCCUGUCACUGCUUACGGCCAAAGAGGACAUUCUCAACCCCCGCUCAUCAACCAACUGGGCUCUGUUCACCUACGAUGGGGCCACUAACAACCUCAAACUGGCCGACUCUGGAGCGGGUGGAGUGGUGGAGCUGUCAGAGAAGUUCCUCAUAGCCAGACCUCAGUAUGGGCUCUGCAGGGUGGGCUCAGCCGAGGUGGGAGGCCCUCGCGUCGCCAUGAUCUGCUGGGUCGGGCCAAACGUGGAUGAGAACCGCAGGACAGAAUGUGCCAGCCAUGUGCCCGCUAUCAAGACCUUUUUCAAGGAGGCCUAUGUGUUUAUCAGUGCUGAGAGUAAGGAGGAUGUGACAGAGGAGAAGAUAGGUGCUGAGCUCAAUAAAGUCCGCUCCCCGACAGAGCAUGUCAGAAGAAGCAGUCGGUCCAAGGACAAGGAGACAGUGGGCACUAACUACAGGAAGACUAACGCUGCCAUGGAGAUGAGCCGCGCCAACAGAGACUCCUUCUGGGCACGUGCAGAGCGUGAGGAGGAGCGGAGGAAGGAAGAGGAGAGGAAGCGUGCAGUGGAGGACAGACGACGUUGGGAGAAAGAGAGAGUUUUGAAGGAACAGAAAGAGGCUGAUGAGCGGGAGAGGAAGAUGAACGAGAAACUACAGAUGAUCGAAGAGCAGAGGAGAAUGCAGGUCCAACUGGAGGCAGAAGUGAGGAAACAGGAGAAAUCUAGAUGGGAGCUGCAGGAGAGAGAGCAUGAGGAGGACAUGAGAUCUCGCUUCAGACGCAGCGAGUCCAUUGAGAAAGCAGCAGAGGCAGCAAUGCUGGUAUCACAGCGCUCCAUGAACCCCAGAGAGUUCUUCAGACAGCUGUCAUCAGUAUCAUCCCGUAGCCCAUCCAGCCCCGGCUCCCCCCGCACAGGCAAACCUCCAUUAAGGCGGUACCAGCGCAGCCUGACUGACACAGCAUUCAACUUUGGGAAAUCGGACAGCCCCAUCCCCACUUCCCCCCGCAGUCCCACAUUGGUCUCACCCUUCUCCCGCUUCCCAACCUCCCCCUUCCACCGCACCAUGUCCCCGCCCAGCCCCAUCUUCCGCCCAAGCACCUCUCCCCAGAGCCCUCGCGCGCCCCUGGUGUCCCCUCCGAAAUCGGCCCUCCACUCUGCCCCACCUGUCUCAGCCCAGGCUACUCUCCCAUCACCCAACCCCCAGUUUCAGCUCCAAACCCAGCCCUCUGCCCUCCCAGCCUCUCCAGGCCUCCUCGCCAACAUGUCCCCCACCUCCCCUCUAGAGAACCAGCUCCAGGCCCAGUUCCUGCCCCACUCUCCCCAGUCCCAGCCUGAAUGCUUCCCCUAUCCCCUAGUUUCCCUGAAGCCUGUCUCAGCACCACAGCCUCCUAUUGCCUCUGUGCCAGAGAGUCCACUGCAGCCAACAGAGCAGUACACAGCUAUACAAGUUGUACUGGUGGAGGAAGAGGAAGAUGAAGAUGAAGAGGAAGACCAGGCAGAGCCAGAGCCCAGCAUUAAGAGUACAGAGCCAAACCCAAAUAUGGAGGAGGGAGGGGAGGUCUUAGCACAGGAUUCAGACCCUACAUCAGUGCAGGAGCCUAUGGCAGAGGAAGGAGAGGAGGCAAAGGAAGCUGGACAAGAGAAGGGCCAAUCCGAUUACAGCCAGGUCUCUGCUGAGCCAUUCCUGGUCGAGCUUUCAGAAGAGGAGCAGGAGCCAGCAGUAACAGAUGCAGAGGUUAUUCUUCAGGUAAUCACACAAAAGGUUGUGGUCCCGUCCACCAAUGGGGUGACAGACGAGGAGGAGUUGGUGGAACACAAUGGUACAGAGAGAUCUAUGAGUUCACCUGAAAGGGACCAAGGUACUCCAGAGUUGGCUGUUUGUUUUGAUGAAGAGGAGGAGGACUUUGUUGAAGAGAAUGAGGUCCAGGAGAUUUCAGAGAAUGGACAAGAGACAUGUGUAAGAGCUCUCUAUGAUUACCAAGCAGAGGAUGAAUCAGAGAUCUCCUUUGAGCCAGGUGACAUCAUAAGUGCGGUGGAGACCGUGGACAAGGCCUGGUGGCGGGGCUGCACUAAAGAUGGACGCCAGGGACUCUUUCCAGCCAAUUACGUGGAAACCAUCUAGACACACACACAUACACACUCAGGGACUGAACACUCAUUCCCCUACAGUGAAAACACCAUAGUAUACUUGCUACAUAUAUAGACUCCCUUAGCUUCAAUAGACACACAAUGAACAAACUUCCCUUGUAUUCCAUGCUAUCAUCUGCCCCCAUUCCAACUUGCCUGUGUUGUGGUGGAAGACCGUGUCUCCUGUUUUAUCCAGUUAGACUCCUAACUGGCAGAAACACACAGUUGAGGUCCACUAAGAUGUCUCCUUCGUUCCCUUCACAAGAGGGAGGACUGGGAAAGAGAGGGACCACCAGACGGGAUGUCUGCAGACUCAAAAUGAGUCCCUCUACAACUACUAUUUUGAUGAUUGUUACACUAAGCGAUACUGUCUGUGUGAAUGUGUCAUUUCCUUACAUUUAACAGUGUUUUCUAUGUUAAUUAACUGAAACGUAAGGGACUGUCUUUCUUGUUUCUGUACUGGUGGUACUGCAUGUGUAUAUAAUCUGUUUUAUCUAAAGCUUUUUUUAUGCAAGCGGAGUGGUAUUCCUAUAGUACAACUGAUGCUAAUAGAUAGCAUUAUGUUAAUGUCACGUACAUUGAAAAUGCUACUUGUAACUGUCUUUUUGAAGUGGGAACUUUUUAAAGUUAAAGGUUUGUUUCUACAAAUGUGAUGGUUUGAACUCCCUGCAUUUACUCCACAUUUACAAAUAGUACCAUUUACAAACAUAUAAUACUCCUAAACAUUAGCAUAUAUAUAUAUAUUACAGGUCGUGAUUGUUUUUGUUAUUACAUUAAAAGACAAAUACUAUUUUGAAGUUAUAUUUCUUUAUGAAAAUAGCAGAAACAUGAAGCAGAAAGUAACUUUAUCAUGCAUAUUAUACUUUUAAAUAAAACUUCUUUUUUUUACUGCAAA